UUUCUAUACACUUUUCUACACACGCACCACAGUACGCGGCAGCGAUAAGCGAUAAAGCUCGACCAAAGCUGCAUGGCAUUAGCUUUCCGAAACCGUUAGCGAAAGCUUUACACUCAGUCGCUCUCGACACACGCUGCAUUAAGGGUGGAAAUUCGCCGUAACGGAAAAGAAUUGGCCGAUACAACAAAAAAAAAAAUCAAAAUCAAGAACACCGAAAUUCUGUGCAAAUUAACAACAACAACAACAAGCUUUAGCAGCGACUCUUCAACUCGAAGUAUUUCGCGAUUUAUUUAACGAAACGCCCGCAUCAGCGCCUCAUAUACCUUGUAAUAUACAUCAUCAUGUUAUUUAUGUGUCACCAAAUGGCCAUGAAGAAGGAGGCCCAAGAGAAACAAGAGAAAGCGGAGCAGCUGCGUAAGGCACAAGCCGUUUCUGACAUACCCAUCAUCUGGAUUCUCGGCGGACCCGGCUGCGGCAAGGGCACCCAAUGCGCCAAGAUUGUCGAGAAAUACGGCUUCACGCAUCUGAGCAGCGGCGAUUUGUUGCGCGAAGAGGUAGCCUCUGGCUCGGACAAGGGUCGUCAGCUGCAGGAGAUCAUGACCAGCGGCGGCCUGGUGCCCAAUGCGGAGGUCCUCUCGCUGCUGCAUGCGGCCGUGACCCGGACCAAGGGCAGCUCCAAGGGCUUUCUCAUCGAUGGCUAUCCGCGCGAGAAGAACCAGGGCAUUGAGUUCGAGCAGAAAAUUGCGCCCGCCGACUUGGCCCUGUAUUUCGAUUGCUCCGAGGACACGAUGCUGAAGCGCAUCCUGGCACGCGCCAACGCCGCCGAGGUGAAGCGCGCCGACGAUAACGAGGAGACAAUCCGUUCGCGUUUGCAGACCUUCAAGCGCAAUACGAGCGCCAUACUGGAUCUAUAUGCCGAUAAAACCCUGACGAUCAAUGCCGAGCGCGAUGUGGAUGACAUCUUCAUGGAGGUGGUGGAGGUCAUCGAUUGCGUGCUCCAAAAAAAGCAGAGAGCUGCCAAAGUUUGUUAACCGAUUCCACGCCAAAGAAAUUAUUUAAAUAGCAAAACUUUAGAACCUAAAAGCACAAAAUCCGCACAAAUCAAAGCUUAAUACCAAAAUAUAUAAGUAAAUCUUAGUCGAA